GGAGGCGGCGCCUCGGGAGCUGUGUGGUGGGCGGCGGGCGGGCGUGCUCCGCCGGGGUCUUGGAGGCCGCUGGGCGCGUGCGCGGGCGGUAGCUACCUGCAGCCGAGCGAGGGAGCGAGAGGGCACCGAGAGCAGCUGGCUCGAGCAGCAUGAGGCCAGGAGUGGAGCGGUCCGUGGAAGGGGGCGCAUACGAUGGCAGCUCCGAGCUGGAGCUACUGAAGCUGCGCGCGGCGGAGUGCAUCGACAAGGCGGCCGAGCGGCUGGGGGCCCUGAGUCGCGCGAUCUGGAGCCAGCCCGAGCUGGCCUACGAGGAGCACCAUGCCCACCGCGUGCUGACGCACUUCUUCGAGCGGGAGCCGCCAGCCGCCUCCUGGGCAGUGCAGCCGCAUUACCAGCUGCCCACGGCCUUCCGCGCCGAGUGGGAGCCGCCGGAGGCCCGGGCGCCGAGCGCCGCGCCACGCCCGCUGCACCUGGGCUUCCUCUGCGAGUACGACGCGCUGCCUGGCAUCGGCCACGCCUGCGGCCACAACCUCAUCGCCGAGGUCGGGGCGGCGGCCGCGCUGGGCGUGAGGGGGGCCCUGGAGGGCCUCCCCAGGCCGCCUCCGCCCGUGAAGGUAAUUGUCCUGGGAACCCCUGCAGAAGAAGAUGGUGGUGGCAAAAUUGAUUUAAUUGAAGCAGGGGCUUUUACAAAUCUUGAUGUUGUUUUUAUGGCCCAUCCAUCACAAGAGAAUGCUGCUUAUCUACCAGAUAUGGCUGAACAUGAUGUGACUGUGAAAUACUAUGGAAAAGCAUCUCAUUCUGCUGCUUAUCCCUGGGAAGGAUUAAAUGCAUUGGAUGCUGCUGUGCUGGCCUAUAACAAUCUGUCUGUGUUCAGACAGCAAAUGAAACCAACCUGGAGAGUUCAUGGUAUAAUAAAAAAUGGUGGUGUAAAACCCAAUAUCAUUCCCUCUUAUUCUGAAUUAAUCUAUUACUUCCGUGCACCUUCAAUGAAAGAACUUCAAGUUUUGACCAAAAAGGCAGAAGAUUGCUUCAGAGCUGCAGCUUUGGCUUCAGGGUGCACAGUGGAAAUUAAAAGUGGAGCACAUGAUUAUUACAAUGUCCUUCCCAAUAAGAGCCUGUGGAAAGCCUAUAUGGAAAAUGGAAGAAAACUAGGAAUAGAAUUCAUUUCAGAAGAUAAAAUGUUGAAUGGCCCUUCAGGAUCUACAGAUUUUGGAAAUGUUACUUUUGUGGUUCCUGGAAUUCAUCCAUAUUUUCACAUUGGAUCUAAUGCCUUGAAUCACACUGAACAGUACACUGAAGCUGCUGGGUCACAGGAAGCUCAGUUCUACACUUUGCGGACGGCCAAAGCCCUGGCAAUGACAGCACUGGAUGUUAUUUUUAAACCAGAGUUACUGGAAAGAAUCAGAGAGGACUUUAAACUGAAACUUCAAGAAGAACAGUUUGUAAAUGCAGUAGAAUAGAAGGAAGACUUAGGGACCGCUUAUAAAUCAAGAAGAUGUGAUGAUUUUUUUCUUUUAAUCUCUUUUAAUGAAGGCAUGCUUGUUUUUUAAUCUUAAAGGAGGUCAAAUUCUUUUUACCUGAUAAGUGAAGACAGGGUGUGGAGAAAACAUAUUACCUCAUAUCUGAAGUGAAAAUUUUUGCAAAUCUACUCGAUGGGAUUAUGAUAUUACAGGAGCUGAUAUGUGAUGCCAUUUCUUUUCUUUCCCCCCACAACCACUCACCUUCACAGUAGUGAUACCAUUUCUUAAACUACCUGGAGGAUACAUGGCAUCAUUUUAAUAAAAUAUUUUAAUAAAUCUUUUUAUAAGCCUUACAUGUUGUCUGUAUUUUUAAAAGCUUAAGAGAUUUCAAACCUUGUAUUCAGAAUUGACACCUAUGAGAGUGUUUUGUGGUAUAGGGUGGUAAACUUGUUCUCUAAUCGUGUAUUAUUCCUCUACCAGAUUGUAUAUUUGAAGCCAGUAUCUUUCUUUUUUUUUUUUAAGACAGAGUCUCGCUCUGUUGCCUAGGCUGAAGUAUAGUAACAUGAUCUCGGCUCACUGCAACCUCUGCCUCCCAGAUUCAAGUGAUUGUCUUGCCUCAGCCUCCCGAGUAGCUGGGAUUACAGGUGUGUGGCGCCAUGCCCAGCUAAUUUUUGUAUUUUCAGUAGAGACAGCAUUUCACCAUGUUGGCCAGGCUGGUCUCGAACUCCUGACCUCAGGUGAUGCACCCGCCUUGGCCUCCUGAAGUGCUGGGAUUACAGGCAUGAGCCACCACACCCGGCCUGCCAAUGUCUUUUUAAUACACACGUGUGUUGGUAUUUUUAAAUUGUUACAGUGUCUAGCAUAUUGCUUACUCUGAAUAUUCAGUACUUUUUGAUUAAGCAAAUAUUGCUUCCUUGCUUGGAAUCAUCAAAGUUUAAAGUAGCUUCGUGGAUGGACCAUGAUCCUAAGAUGAGUUUUAAUUGUGAUUAUAGUCAUCUCUUGUACAGCCUGGAGAAGAAAAGAUAUACUUACUACUUUGCUUUGGGUACACAUAAGAAAACCUCUUUUUAAAAAAACUUUUUAUUUUUUUACAUAAUAGAGACAGGGGCUCACUAUAUCUUCCAGGCUGGUCUCAAACUCCUGGGCUCAAGCAAUCCUCCUGUCUUGGCCUCCCAAAGUGUUGGGAUUUCAGGUAUGAGACACCACACCUGCCCAUUUUUGUUUUGUUUUUUAAUGGGCAGGUUCUUGCUCUGUUUCCCAGGCUGGAGUGCAGUGGUGUAAUCACAGCGCACUGCAGCCUCGAACUCCUGGAGUCAAGCAGUCCUCCUACCUCAACCUCUUAAAGCACUGGGAUUACAGGCUUGAGGCACUGCACCUGGCCCUGACUCAUUUUUUAAAAAGGUUAGGCUGACUUAGUGCAAAGUUUAAAAUUAUACGAUUCUUUUUUUUUUUUUUUUUUUUUUUUUGAGACGGAGUCUCACUCUGUCGCCCAGGCUGGAGUGCAGUGGCCGGAUCUCAGCUCACUGCAAGCUCCGCCUCCCAGGUUUACGCCAUUCUCCUGCCUCAGCCUCCCGAGUAGCUGGGACUACAGGGGCCCGCCACCUCGCCCAGCUAGUUUUUUUGUAUUUUUUUUAGCAGAGGCGGGGUUUCACCGGGAAAAUUAUACGAUUCUUAAAAUGCGGAAUUAGUUUCUAACCUAAACUAGAGGUAUAGGUGGACCUGCUUGAGAUAUCUUUUGUUUUUAUGGAACAUUUUUAUUACACGCCUUUAUAGUUUUUCAUUGUUCAUGCCCUGUACUGAAACCUUUUUCUCAAAUACCAACUCUUGGCUGUGUUGAAUUUAUAGACUUUAAAAGAUAUUAUCUAAAUUAAUGGUUUAAAUAUACAAAUUGAGAAUAUUUUCUUUUUAGUGGUAAUUUUAAAAGCGGGCCUUAAUAUGGGACCUGCUUUUAAAGUAAAAUAAUUAUGUGGUACUAUGAAUUACUAAAUUGCUAUAUACCAUGUAAUAGUGAGUAUAGCUAAUAUUUAGUAUGCCUUUUAAAAAUUUUGGACUGCCUUUCAGUUUUAACAAAUUCUCCACAUUAUGUGAACUACUCAAGAAAUUUUCCCUUUUUAAUUGUCUCUAUAACACUCAUAAGAGCUAGGGCAUUAGGAUAAACUAGAAUAUUUUAUGUUUAUGAAUACUUGUAUAUACUUAAAAGUGUUUUGAUCUCCCACAAUUUCCCAAAGGAAUGUUUAUUUAUUAAGAGUUGUGUUGAUAUUUUAACUGUUACAAUUUCAGCAGUUGAGUUCAGUGAACAUUGGUUGAGGAGUGCAUAUUUCUAAGCACUGGGUGUAAGAAGGAAAGACACUGCAAGAGGAAGAACUAAGAUUAACAUAAUUUCUUUGGUUUUUCUAUUGCUUGUUAUGUAAAAACUGGGUGGCAGUUCAGAAGGAAGAUUGUUGUAACAGAAGAGUGACAACCAAGAAUUUUUUGAUCAUUAAAUCAGAUUUUGUAAACAGUGGCAGGAACAUGGACUUAAAACAAGGCUUGCUUAUUUGGUUUUGUCAAAAUUUUAUGAAAAUAUGUGAUAUAUAUUUAUACUAAAACUAUAUAAUCCUUAGAUUUAGAAAAGCAAUCAGUUAAUGUCUUUAGCACACUAAAGCAGUGUUAAACACAGGUACAAAUUGGAAAUUGUAGAAAACUGAAAGAAAACAAAAGACAAAAUGUGUGUGGUAGGGAAUUAAAGAGUUUAAGAUAUUAUGUAAAAUUACGUGUAUUUUCUUCUCUUUUACAUAAAUCAUUUGUGAAAAGUGUGCUCAACUUUUUUACAAGAGUGAUAUUAAUUAGGAUUUGUUUUUCAAUAUAAUUUGGAGACCCUUGGUUAUCCAAAUAAAAAUGAUGAGUCUCUGUGCCUGUUAAAAAAAAAAAAAAAAGAAAAGACACUGUGUGUGCCCCAGAAAGCUUGUGGUGGGUAGUAAGUUCUCACGAGAUUUAUUCAUCUGAGCAACGCUGGGACUGAGGGAACAUCUGAAAGCUACCAUCUUGAAAAUUUUUGAGGAAGUGUUUCUGAAAUAUUUAAAAAUACUUCAGUCACUUUAGUCAUUUUGAAAAGCAGAAAUUGAUGCAAAAAGUUUUUUUUUUUAAGGAUGAUUGUCUAAUUUUGUAAUAUGUUCUUUUUUAAAAACCUGUCUGAUGGUGUUUUAUACAUUUCUAACUUUUUACCUGAAUUACCUCUUUAGUCUUUUGGAAAAUAUCCUACAUAAGACUAACCUUUAAAACUAUCAGAUUUUUGUUGUAAGAUAAAUGUUAUCUUUGUACUAGAUAGCAACCCUUUAUAAGGUUGUAAGGUAUGAUAAACUGCUUCUUUAUUACAUACUUCAUAGCAAGCAUUUUGCAGUCCAAUUAUAUAGUUGAGGAUGGUGUAUUUUGGUAUAUAUGAAAAUAUUUUCAAGUAAGCAGUCUACUACCAUCAGAUUAUAAGCUUUUUUGUAAUAUUUUAAUAGGUACAUAAAAUAUGUAUGAAAAAUCUAUAAUAAACAUGUUUAUCUGA